CAUGUCCUUAGUAAUAAUAAUAAUAAAAUAUAAAUCAUCAUAAAAAAAAAUUACUAGUAAUAAUUUUAAUAAAAAGAGUACCGAAUUUAAUUCCCUAUGCACUCAAAAUCUGCUUUAGGUUUAUAGAAUUUUUUCCUGGAUUAAGAUUAGAUUUUUGUUGAAUCAAAAAAGUAAAUAAAGAGGUCAAUAAUUUUCUUCCAGAUUUACCCUUAUCUUCUCUUUUUUGAUGGGAACUGAACUCAUGAGAGUCUGUGUUAAGGAAGAAAAUGAUGACAUUCCAGCAGUUCCGCCUGGUUUUGAAUCAUUUGCUGCUUUCACCUUAAAGAAAGUGCAAGAUAGUGAGAAGCAGGAAAGCCUAGACAUAGUAAAUAGAUAUUCAGGAUCUUUAAUUGCUUCAGAAUCACAACCUGUUAAGAUGGAAACGGAAUUUCAAAGUGGUACUGAGCCAAAAGUUACAAGGUCUCUUCGGCGUAGAGCCUGGAUAAACUAUGGACAAUUGGAAAAUUGUUCAGGGGAGGAAGCUGUUGCUGGGAAGCUUAUUCAAGAUCUCAGUUCAAGGCCUCAUCUUCCUAAGGGGGUUAUCCGUGGCUGUGAACAAUGCAUUGAUUGCCAGAAGGUCAAUGCGAGGUGGCAUCCUGGAUAUGCUCGUAAGCCCGAACUGGAGGACGCUCCUGUCUUCUAUCCAACUGAAGAGGAGUUCGAGGAUACUUUAAAUUAUAUUGCUAGCAUACGGCCAAAAGCUGAACAAUAUGGUAUAUGUCGCAUUGUUCCUCCUCCUUCUUGGAAACCUCCCUGUCCACUGAAGGAAAAAUCUAUAUGGGAGGGUUCUAAGUUUGCUACUCGUGUUCAAAGGGUUGACAAACUGCAGAAUCGGGAUUCGCUGAAAAAGAUGUCAAGGACGAAUAAUCAUACUAGAAAGAAAAGAAGAAAAUGCAUGAGAAUGGAAGUAGAUUGCGGGACAGAUACUGAAAGUAUCUCAGGCUGCACCAAAGUUGGUGCUUGCGAGGCUGACAAUUUUGGGUUUGAACCUGGUCCACAGUUUACUCUGAAUAUGUUUCAGAAAUAUGCUGAUGAUUUCAAGGCGCAAUACUUUGGCAAGAACGAUGUCAUCAAGGGCGUUAAUACAGCAGCCAUUCAGGAUAGUUGGGAGCCAACAGUGGAGAAUAUUGAGGGUGAGUAUUGGCGAAUUGUAGAAAAGGCGACUGAGGAAAUAGAGGUGCUUUAUGGAGCUGAUCUGGAAACUGGGGUUUUUGGCAGUGGGUUUCCAAAAUUGUCUAGUCAAGUUGGUUCUGAUGCCAAUGACCGUUAUGCAAAGUCUGGCUGGAACUUGAACAACUUCCCGAGGCUUCCUGGCUCUGUUCUUUCCUACGAGAGUGGCGAUAUAUCUGGUGUUCUGGUGCCAUGGCUGUAUAUAGGAAUGUGCUUUUCAUCAUUCUGUUGGCAUGUUGAAGAUCAUCACUUGUAUUCGCUGAAUUACUUGCAUUGGGGGGCUCCAAAAAUAUGGUAUGGUGUGCCGGGGAAGGAUUCCAUGAAAUUAGAAGAGGCUAUGAGAAAGCAUUUGCCUGAUCUUUUUGACGAACAGCCAGACUUGCUUCACAAGCUGGUGACUCAGCUUUCUCCUUCCAUACUUAAAGCUGAAGGGAUACCAGUCUAUCGUUGCAAACAAAAUUCUGGAGAGUUUAUUCUAACAUUUCCUCGAGCAUAUCAUUCAGGGUUUAAUUGUGGCUUCAAUUGUGCGGAGGCGGUAAAUGUAGCUCCUGUUGACUGGCUGCCCCAUGGACAGAUUGCUAUAGAGCUAUACCGUGAGCAGGGAAGAAGAACUUCCAUAUCCCAUGAUAAAUUGUUGCUUGGGGCAUCAAGGGAAGCAGUAAGAGCUCAUUGGGAACUUAAUUUACUGAAAAAGAACACUUCAAAUAAUUUAAGAUGGAAAGAAGUGUGCGGAAAGGAUGGGAUACUAUCCAAAGCACUCAAGGAACGUGUGGAGAUGGAACGUGUGAGGAGAGAAUUUCUAUGCAAAUCUUCACAGGCGCUGAAGAUGGACAGCAAUUUUGACGCCACAAGUGAAAGGGAAUGUAAUGUCUGCCUUUUUGAUUUGCAUCUUUCUGCAGCAGGAUGCCAUUGUUCUCCGGAUAAGUAUGCAUGCUUGAACCAUACAAACCAGAUGUGUUCAUGUGGAGGGGGUACCAAAUAUUUCCUAUUUCGCUAUGACAUCAACGAAUUAAAUAUCCUAGUUGAAGCAUUGGAAGGAAAACUAAGUGCAGUGUAUAGAUGGGCAAGACUUGAUCUUGGACUGGCAUUAGCAUCUUUCAUCUCCAAAGACAAUUUGCAAGACUGUAAAUUAUCUUAUUUGCCUGAAGUAAAAGCACUGAAAGAGACAAGAUCAAAAGCAUCUUUGGAGCUCCUCAAUGAUUUAAACAGUAAAACUUCAAUUAAGAUCUUAAAUGAGACUCCUUCAGUUGAGAAAAAGAUACCUCCUGAAACUAUAGCUCAGAAGGUGGCAAAGGCAUUAGCUCUAUCUAAUAGUUCUUUCCAAGUAAUUGAGAAACAAAGUAAUGGUUUUAAGGUACAGAAAGAGGGUUCCACUUGUUCUCCUGCUAAUUUGACAACAGCAAUAUGCCAGCUAUCUCGAGAAGACACAUCCUAUGCUGGGGAUGUGAGUUCUGUGGAAUCUGGAAGCAAAAAGCCUCCACCUUUGAAUCAUGGUGACAUUAUUCUUCUUAGUGAUGAUGAAGGUGAUGAACCAAAAGAAUCAGCUGGAGAACGAACAAAAGAAAAUUCGCACGCAAAGCACUCAGAAGUUACUGACAAGCCAUCAAGUUCUAAUAAUAUCACUUGUAAUGACAAUAAAGAUACAAUCUCAAUUACCUCUCUGACUGAUUCUCUAGUUAGUGGCGAAAGUAACGGCAUUUCCUCACCAAGUCGGCAGAGGAUCAAUAGUUUAUUUGUACCUGUAAAAUUGAAGGAUGUCCAUCAAGAAAGUGAAAGAGUUCUGGAAUCUAAUGCAUCAAAGAGUUCUUGCCAUCCAGGGUCUGCAUCAGUUUCUGAUCGGACUGGUCAGGAUUCCUUAAAUAUGAGUCAAACCAAGAGGGAUCAAAAUAUGUUAAAUUCUGGAUGUCAACCUAUGCAGCAGUUGGGCAGUUUAAAACCAAACGCUGAGGAUAAAAUGGGAGCAAGUGUCACCUCUAAUUCAGUGGAAUACUCGAGAGCUAUUACAGCUAGCCCAUCUUGUUCAUCAAAUAAUUUGGAUCGACAUUUUCGUCAGAAGGGUCCACGUAUUGCAAAGGUAGUGCGGCGGAUUAAUUGUAAUGUUGAGCCUCUGGAAUUUGGAGAUGUACUUUCCGGAAAAUUAUGGAGCAACAGCCAGGCAAUUUUUCCCAAAGGAUUUAGAAGCCGUGUUAGAUACAUAAGUGUUUUGGAUCCCACAAAUAUGUCUUACUAUGUCUCAGAAAUUUUGGGUGCUGGACAAGAUAGACCUCUGUUUAUGGUUUCGCUGGAAGAUUGUCCAAGUGAGGUGUUUGUCCACGUUUCAGCAUCCAGGUGCUGGGAAAUGGUGCGAGAUAGAGUGAAUCAAGAGAUCACUAAGCAACAUAAAUUGGGAAGGAUGAACUUGCCCCCACUGCAACCUCCUGGCAGUCUUGAUGGCCUUGAAAUGUUUGGGUUUUCUUCCCCAGCUAUUGUGCAGGCAAUAGAGGCAUUGGAUCGAAAUCGAGUUUGUACAGAUUAUUGGGAUUUGAGGCCGUAUUCACGGCCUGUAGGUCAGAUUCCACAACCCAAAGAAAUUGGUAGAAAUUUGCAUGGCAAAAAUGACGGACAAAACGGAGGUAAUUCAAGUAACCAUUCGUUACCUAACGGAGCUGAUAACAUUCUUAGAGAGCUCUUGAAGAAGGCUAACACAGAAGAACUGAACUCGCUGAACGUAAUUCUAAACGGUGGAGGAACGAGCGUUGAUGGAGGUUUAAUAACUAAACUUGUGAAUGAAGAGAUAAAAUAUCGCCGGAGAUGAUUCUUUGAGAUUGAAUCGGCCUUUGCAAUUUUUUUUUUGACUGUAAAUUCCAAAAUCUCACUCACUGUGCACAUACAUCUCCAUUCAAUCUACAAUUUUUUUUACUUAGAGAUAAAAACAGAAAGGAAAAAACAAACACUCAUGUAAUUCUUCAAAAUGCCCAUUUAUAACAAAGAAGCUGGAAAUUUUAA